AUGGCUUCAGUACAUGGGCACACGGGGCGCUUGCUGAAAUCCCUGUGCUUCACCAGUAUGACGUUCCUGCUGCUGCACAUCAUCUACCAAAUCACAAUCAACAGUCUGUUAGCAGGAGACAACAUCAAGCCCAACUUCAACUGCUCAUCAUGGGAGAGAUCGAUACGACAGCUGGGCUUUGAAAGUGUCCGAGGUGCAGACGCCGGGAAUGGCAUCCGAGUGUUCAUCCCGGACAUCGGCAUGUUCGUGGUGGGUCUGGUCACGUGGCUCCUGUGCCGCAGUCUGGAGAAGCCGCCGCUGAAGGACGUGUCUCAGCACAACAGUGACUUUGAGGUGGACGAUCAGGAAAAAGAGGAUGAGGAAGAAGACAAGAAAAGUGAGAAACUGGAGCUUGAGGAUGAGCUGCUGUUCGAAGACUUCGAGCUGGGAGAUGAAGACCGUGAACUUCCUGAGGAAGAGGAAGUGGACGUAGAGGAUGGGGAACUUGAGGAGGCCGACGUCGAAGAAAGUACCAAAAUGAAGAUCCUGCGGCAAAUAGCAGACGUGGCGUCCAAACUCAAAGAAAUCGUUGGCAAUCUGAUUACCACUGCAGGAAAAGUAGUCGUAACCAUAUUAUUGGGCCUCACAGGUAUGAUGUUGCCUUCUCUGACCUCCACUGUGUAUUUCUUCACCUUCCUGGGCCUGUGCACCUGGUGGUCUUUCUGCCACACGUUCGACCCGCUGCUCUUCAGCUGUCUGUGUGUCCUGAUGGCCAUCUUCAGCGCCGGACACCUCAUCAUGCUCUACCUCUACCAGUUCCAGUUCUUCCAGGAGGCCGUUCCGCCCGGAAACACUUAUGCCAGGCUUGUUCUUUUGCAUCAUUUUCAGCUGCUCACCACACAAGAUGGCCACAGCACACCCGAGGUGUUGAUCGUGACGUCAAACGGAGCCUCGCUGGACUUCACGUCAGUCGCUCAGGAGAACGGCCCGAGGUCUGUGGAGCUCUACUCUACCCCUCAUUACAGAGCCGAGUCUGAUGCGCAGAAAAUCGACUGCGGCGUUUACAAGAUUGACUCGACGUAUGUUGAGCUUCCCGAGGUUCCCCGGCCGUUCGGUGUCAUUCGUGUGAACGCGGCGGUCAAGGCCUUCAGGUUCAUCAUGAAGCAGAGCUACAUCUGUGCUCUCAUCGCAAUGAUGGCUUGGAGCAUCACGUACGUGAGCUGGCUGACCUUCGUCUUCCUCAUCUGGUCCUGUAUUCUGUGGAUGGUGAGGGACCGGAGGAAAUACUCCAUGAUCACCUCUCCGUUCAUGGUGUUUUAUGGGAACUUGCUCAUCAUCCUGCAGUACAUCUGGAGCUUCGAGUCGCUGCAGCCCGUUCCUGGGCUCUUCCUGAAGAAAGAAGUGCCUUUCCGGGAACUGGGAUCUAAAACCUUGUGUCUCCUCAGUUUCUGGCUGCUGUUGAGGCAGUUUCUGACUGAGAGGAGAGAGAGACAGACGGAUGAAACACAGCUGUCUGACGUCAAAGUGGAGGGACACACAACCGAAUACUGGAUCUACAUCUGUGGAGGAAUGUUCUUCUUCGUGAGCUUUGAGGGACGCAUCGUCAUGUACAAGAUCAUUUACAUGAUGAUGUUUCUCUUUUGCGUGGCACUUUAUCAGCUGCACUAUGAGAGGUGGCGCUGGAUGCUGAAGUAUUUCUGGAUGUCCGUGGUGGUUUACACCAUGCUGGUGCUCAUCCUGGUCUACACGUUCCAGUUUGAGUCCUCUAUAAGCGUGUGGUCCAACAUGACUGGCAUGAGCAGAGAGAAGCUGGAAGAUCUGGGUCUGGAGAAGUUCUCGGUUCCUGCUCUGUUCACGCGGAUCUUCAUUCCCACCUCGUUCCUGCUGGUGUGCAUCCUGCAUCUGCACUAUUUCCACGAGCGCUUCCUUGAGCUCACCGACAUCAAAUCUGUGGCCGACAAACAGAAGAGCACUAUCUCCAGGCUCGUUCAUCUGGAUGGCAGUCUGGUGGAUAUUUCCAUGAUCAAACCUUCGCUGGACUCCAUAAACGAGGAGGAGACUGAGGAGAGAGUAGAUCUGGAGGAAGAGGAGGAUGAUGUUAAACAGAGGGAGGAAGAGGAGGUCUCUGAGCCACACUUCAGCUGCUCGAUGACAGCCGAUCCUGAGCCGGACCGGGGUUCAGAGCUGAAGAAUAAGUGGCAUCUGGUGGUGGAGCGUCUGACGGUGCUGUUCCUGAAGUUUCUGGAGUGUGUUCAGAAGCUGCAGCUCUUCAUCUGGUGGCUGCUGGAGCUUCACAUAAUCAAGAUCGUCUCGUCCUACAUCAUCUGGCUCUCAGUCAGAGAGGUGUCUCUGUUUAACUACGUGUUCCUGGUGAGCUGGGCCUUCGCUCUGCCCUUCAGUCAGUUCAGACCGCUGGUGUCUAGCGUCUGCACCGUCUGGACCUGCGUCAUCGUGGUCUGUAAGAUGCUGUACCAGCUGACCUCCAUCAACCCGUCCUCGUACUCCAGGAGCUGCAGUAUGCCGGAGAACUACACAGACGCUGAGCGCUCAGACAUGGCCAGAUCUCUGCUCUACAGCGGCCCGGUGGAUCCGGCUAACUGGAUCGGCUUCAGGAAGUUCUCUCCGCUGCUGGAGAAUCUGAGGAAUAACUUACUGAUGCUGGCUCUCUUGGCGUUUGAAGUGACCAUUUACCGUCACCAGGAUUUCUACCGGAUGAAGAACAACCUCACCCCUCCGGUCACGAGAACCGUCUUUCACAACAUCACACGCCAGCAUCUGGACGACGGCAUCGUCAACUGCGCCAAAUAUUUCAUCAACUACUUCUUCUACAAAUUUGGUCUUGAGACCUGUUUUCUGUUAGCGGUGAAUGUGAUCGGCCAGCGGAUGGAUUUCUAUGCCAUGCUGCACGCGUUCGGUCUGAUUGUGGUGAUGUAUCAGCGCAGGAGAAAAGCCAUCGCCCACGUCUGGUCCAAGUAUUGCUUCUUUCUGGCCUGCAUGUUAGCCUUCCAGUACAUGAUGUGCAUCGGCAUCCCUCCUGCGGCCUGCACAGACUAUCCGUGGAGACGGCCGUCUUCCAGCAUGGACUCAAACGUCAUCAAGUGGCUUUACUUCCCAGACUUCCACACCAAACCCAACUCCCUCUUCCUCCUCUAUGACUUCAUGUUGCUGCUGUGCGCGUCGAUUCAGGGCCGUGUGUUUGAGGAGGAGAAUGUGGCAGCCGUGCAGCUGUUGGCGGGUGAUAAUGUGGAGAUCUGUCGAGACCUGGACGCUGCCAGCUUCAGCCAGCACAACCCUGUGCCCGACUUCAUCCACUGCAGGUCGUAUUUGGACAUGCUGAAGGUGAUCAUGUUCAGCUAUCUGUUCUGGUUCGUCCUGACCAUCAUCUUCAUCACGGGCACCACGCGCAUCAGCAUCUUCUGCAUGGGAUACUUGGUCGCCUGCUUCUACUUCUUGAUCUUUGGGGGUGAGCUGUUACUGAAGCCAAUCAAAAGCAUCCUUCAUUACUGGGACUUCCUCAUAGCAUACAACGUCUUCGUAAUCACCAUGAAAAACAUUCUCUCAAUUGCGGCGUGUGGAUAUAUUAAAGCGCUGGUGGCCAAUCACUGCUGGCUGAUCCAGUUAUUCAGUCUGGCUUGCACUAUAAAAGGAUAUUCAAAACCGGAGCAGAACGCAAAUAAACAGUGCGAGCUGCCGAGUGACGAGGCCGGGAUCAUCUGGGACAGCAUCUGCUUCGCCUUUCUCCUGCUGCAGAGGCGAGUUUUCAUGAGCUACUACUUCCUACACGUCGUAGCCGACAUCCGUUCCUCUCAGGUCCUCGCCUCCAGAGGAGCGGAGUUGUUUCAGGCGACCAUUGUGAAGGUGGUUAAAGCCAGAAUAGAAGAAGAGAAGAAGUCCAUGGAUCUGCUGAAGAGACAGAUGGACCGCAUCAAAAGCCGACAGCAGAAGUUUAAGAGAGGUAAAGAGAGGAUGCUGUCUCUGGCUCAGGAAAGUGGGGAACGCCACUCAGUCGUCAAAGAGGAAGGGGACGAUGAUGAAGGAGACAACAGCAAAGAGAAGAAGAAAGACAAAAGGAAGCAGUGGUGGAAGCCUUGGGUUGAUCAUGCGUCCAUGGUCCGAAGUGGCAAUUAUUACUUAUUUGAGACAGAUAGUGAGGAAGAGGAGGAAGACGAGGACAAAAAUGAUGAGGAACCUCCCAAAAGAUCAGCGUUCCAGUUUGUGUAUCAUGCCUGGAUAACUGACUCGAAAACUGCCAUGAAAGAGCAAAGUAAGGAAAGACGGCGAUUCUGGCAAAGGUACACGGAGGGCAGAACAAGCAAGAAGAACCAGAAGCAAGUGCAUGUUGCCAUUGAGGAAGGAGAUCAGGAGGACGGUGUUACAGAGGAGGAGGUAUCUGAAAGACCAGAUAACAUCCUGAAGCGAGUGUUUAACAUCGUGAAGUUCUCCUGGGUGCUCUUCCUGGCCCUGCUGGACAGUUUCACAGCCUGGCUUAACUCCAUCUGCCAGGAGCACAUCGAUAUCUCCACCGUCCUGCGCAUUGAGCGCUGCAUGCUCACUAAUGAGGUCAAAAAGGGGAACAAUCCAUCACGGGACAGCAUCCACUCGUACUACCAGAGACAGAUGUGCAGGCCAGCGUCCGCUGAGUCCAGCCUGGACCGGACUGAGGACAAGUACUCGGACUUCAGCCCCCUGCGGAGCCAGGCUUACGAGUCCGAUGUCUCUAGAGAAAACCUGUCCAGUGUGUACACAGAAUCCACUGUGCUGUUCGAGUCUGAGGAAACCAGUGAGCAUGUUCUCAAAACCAGCCAGCGCACUCGACCCAGACUCUGCCGCCUGCCUGGUGUGAAUGUGCAGUCGUCGUCUGCAGACAGUGCAGCCAGUGACCGCACGCAGUGCACUGAGCUCUACUCGCGGCAGGGCACCAGUGACACCGUCGAGGAGGCCGUGAGCCAGCGAGAACUGAGAGAGCAUCCAGACAAACUCUGGAGCAGCACUUCAGACCUGCGGACGCCUCUGAGAGCGGAGCAGGUGUGCUGGACGCAGGGCGAGGCGGACAUCCCUCCGUCGUACAGUAAAGCCACGGGCCUGGACUCAGUGUGUGACGCGGAGGGGAGGAGGCUGAGGAUCCAGACACCUGAUGAGAAGAGCGCCGACGUUCUGCUCUCAAUGAGCCAUCAGCUGACAGCCAGUGAGCUGCUGCGGAGCAGCAAACGCUUCUGGAUGACGGCCAUCGUCUACACGGAGGUCACCAUAGUGAUCAAGUACUUCUUCCAGUUUGGCUUCUUUCCGUUUAACCAGAGCAUAAAGCUGGACAAAUCCAAACCCUUCCACCCUCCCAACAUCAUCGGUGUGGAGAAGAAAGAGGGCUACGUCCACUACGACCUGAUCCAGCUGCUGGCGCUCUUCUUCCAUCGCUCCAUCCUGAAGUGCUACGGUCUGUGGGAUGAAGAUGAGCCCAGGUCAGGAGGUCAGACUGCGAGCUCUCAUUCAGACAGUGAAGAGAAAGAAGCCUCAUCCGUCUCCACACACAUCCGGCUGCCCAGAAAACCCCUCCGACAGAGCUCCAGCGUCUCGCAGCGCUCGGCCCGCUCUAAACCAGGUGCGCUCAGAUACACGAUUCUGCUCGCUUUUCUGUCCCCAAAUUUAAGACCUCUUAGAAUCAUCAUUAAGAUGAUUAGACAUUUUAAAUACCCACAGGGACUUGUUUAUUCGCACACAUGCUCCCAAAUAGGUUUCACAGCUGGCACACAUCUGUUUUUAGUCUCAAAAGCCCUGCGGGUCCCUGACCUUGGCUCUGGAUGUGUCUCCGCAGGCAGCAGCGGCUCCAGGACGAGUGUGCGUUCACUGAGCGCUCAACUGAAGAGCCGCAAGGAGCUCAUUUUGGACAAGCUCAGAGAACAGCUGAUCAAAGCAAAGCGCUUCACUGUCAAAACGAUUCUGGAUAUCUACAUUCCCAUUCGGCAGUUCUUCUAUAACCUGAUCCACCCGGAGUACAGUGCCGUGACCGACGUCUACGUGCUCAUGUUUCUGGCCGACACGGUCGACUUCAUCAUCAUCGUUUUUGGAUUUUGGGCUUUCGGGAAACACUCUGCUGCGGCUGACAUCACUUCCUCUCUGUCAGAGGAUCAGGUUCCCGAGGCCUUCCUGGUGAUGGUGCUGAUCCAGUUUGGGACGAUGGUGGUGGACCGUGCGCUGUACCUGAGGAAGACCGUGAUGGGGAAGGUCAUCUUCCAGGUCAUCCUGGUCUUCGGCAUUCACUUCUGGAUGUUCUUCAUUCUCCCAGGAGUCACCGAGAGGCGCUUCAGUCAGAACACAGUUGCCCAGCUCUGGUACUUUGUGAAGUGCAUCUACUUCGGUCUGUCAGCCUAUCAGAUCCGCUGCGGUUACCCCACUCGCGUGCUGGGAAACUUCCUGACCAAGAGCUAUAAUUACCUCAAUCUCUUCCUCUUCCAAGGGUUCCGGCUGGUGCCGUUCCUGACGGAGCUGCGGGCGGUGAUGGACUGGGUUUGGACCGACACCACGCUCAGUCUGUCCAGCUGGAUCUGUGUGGAGGACAUCUACGCUCACAUCUUUGUGCUCAAGUGCUGGAGGGAGUCGGAGAAAAGGUAUCCUCAGCCUCGAGGACAGAAGAAGAAGAAGGUGGUGAAGUACGGGAUGGGGGGGAUGAUCGUGAUGCUGCUCAUCUGUAUCGUCUGGUUUCCUCUGCUCUUCAUGUCUCUGGUCAAAUCUGUGGCUGGAGUGGUCAACAAACCGCUGGACGUGUCUGUCACCAUCACACUGGGCGGCUUUCAGCCCAUCUUCACUAUGAGUGCGCAGCAGAAUCAGCUGAAGGACGUCACUGACAGAGAUUUCAUCAGCUUCAUGAAUUCAUACAGACACAAUUCUAGUGCACUGCAGUUCUUGGAGGCGUAUACAGCGGAGGACGUGACUGUGGCAGAGCUGGAAGGAAGCUCGAACUCUCUCUGGACCAUCAGUCCUCCCAGCAGAAAGAACCUGAUGGACGUCUUGAGCAAAGAGGACCAGUUCCCUGUGACCAUGUCCUGGAGCAUCCAGAGGAAUCUGAGUCUGGGAGCAAAGGCUGAGUUUGCAGUGGACAAACACAUCACUUAUCUGGACAUGAACACUAGACAGGAGCUGAUAGCGUUACUCAAUGGAACCAGAAAUAAACCUGUGGUCAUAGAGCAAGUGUUUCCCUGCUUUAUUCGAGCACCGAGUGACUCAAACGCCAAACCAGUCGGUCAGCUUUAUUCAGAUGAGGGUUAUAAGAGCAUCCAGCUGGACUUGGAGAGGUCUCACAACGGCACUGAGGACAUUCAGGAGUGGUGGAUUGUGGACCAGCCGUCGGCAGGGAAGAUCCAGAUGAGAGCCGAGUCAAAGCUGGGUGAGUGA